AUGGACGAUUCAGCCCUCGCCCGGGUCGAGCAACAGCGCAUCGAGCUGGAAGCUAACAUCACCAAACUGCGCAAGUCACUGCGUCACUGGCAGACGCUUGAAAUUGAUUACGAGGGUCUGAAGGAGGAGUUUUUAGGAACACCGGAUGACUCCUCUGCUGAAGAAUGCUUACGAGCUGCGAGGGACUUCAGGCCAGAGUUGAUCGAUGAAGAAGAGUUACAGGAACUCGUCGUAGACAGCAAAUCACGUCCUCGUCAGCCUGCUCAACUAGUGGACCUCUUGACCAAGCGUGUGGACUAUGUCUCCCGGAACAUUGAGACGGUACGGAGACAGCUCUCUGAUGCUGAGAGGAAAAGGAACGCUCUUCUUCUGGCCGAGGAGCCCGAGCACCAAGAGGAUGCCGGUCUUCCUCUCGCCGAGAUCACAGAGGAGUUGGACGACUCAGGACGAGUAAUCUCUAGCAAGGUGCAAACUCCCGGCUCCUCGGCACCUCAGUUGAUAGACGUGCUUAAGAAAGCCGGCAUUGAAGAUUUGGAAGAGAUAGAUGGGAAGAUCACGACAGUGGUCUCUCCAGAUCGAGAUGGUUUAGGACCGAGUCACACAUCACCUCAACAAGGAGUCGAGCGGGAGGUUCGACACGACGACCAACCGUCCACUCGACCCAUUAUAGAAGCCGAGGAAGUUACCGGGGAGGCCCCUACCAAUCCCAAUGACACGGAAGCUGAUGCCAGACUCCGUCGAGAGAUGUGGGAAUACUCUAGAGGGAUGGACGAAGUUGGUGCAAUUGUUGCAGAGCUUGAUCUCGAAGAAGAUGCCUCUGAUAUUGAUUACGACGAGCAGGAUGACACCCUCGAAUUAGAUUCGGACCUUGACAAGGACGAUGACUUCGAAGAGGAGGAGUCCGAGGACGAAAUUGGCAAAAGUACCCACCGACUUACAAUUCCACGAGGGUAUCGAAAGAGGAUGGAGGAGUUGCAGGAGAAAUUGGGUAUGAAGAACGUGGGACCUCAAGCCACUUCGGAACUCGUUGUCGAGACUCUGAAGCAGGAACAGCGACCACCAGCAGCUGAAGCGGCGCGGAAAGCUGCCAUCGCCAGAGAAGAGAAAUCCAAGAAGAGCAGUUUGAAGUCGGCUGUAAAAGAGACCACUUCAGGGGAGAAGAGUGUAAAGAGAGGGAAGUCGGGCAAAAAAGUUGCAUUCUCCUCGGAACUGGAUUUCGCCCCCGAACAACCAACAGGUAGAAUUGCCAGCGUGGCUUCCACGGCCUCACCGGGAUCUCCGCCGGCGCCAAAACCUCGGCCGAUUAAUGAUUCGGUGGUGGAACGAGAGGUUGCUACAGUUGAAGAAGAUGUUGUCGCACCAGUUCCGACCUCUCUCACUGGGAAGCAGUCUCGUUUCAAGGCUGCGCGACAAUUACAACCGCAGGCGCCCAUGUUCACUCCCCCAAUGACUUUCCCAGCGGAUUCGUCGAUGCAAGGUCAGGGAAAGUCGAGCUCGCCGGUUCCUCCAGCGCAGCUGGUCUCGCCGAAUGUUGUCGAGCGUCCGUCUUCGACCGUCGCUAGAGCUCCCGAUCCGGAUGAUUUCCCUGAGGAAGCCCACCGUCGCGAGAUCGCACUGGAGUAUCAGCGACACCGGAUGAAACGAAUUCAGUCUCAGGAGAGUGGGUUCGUGGGAGACGGAGAGGAGGACAACUACGGAGAAAUGAUCACCUCGGGCAGCCGGAUAGGUGGCGAAGACGGACAGGAGAGAAGAAUCAGCAGGUUCAAAGCUGCGCGGAUCAACCGAUAA